AUGGAAAGAGGAGCUGAAACGGCGCAACGCCAUGAAAUGCUGUUGCAGCAGAUGAGAGAAUUCGACCAACAAGCACAAGCAAUGCGGCAGGUGCAGAUAUCGCAGCAAGCUAUAGCAAUGCAGCAGACACAAAGACCGCAGCAAGUUGCAGCAAUGCAGCAGACACAAAGACCGCAACAAGCUAUAGCAAUGCAGCAGACACAAAGACCGCAGCAAGUUGCAGCAAUGCAGCAGACACAAAGACCGCAGGAAAUUCUAUCUCUUAAUGAAAAUGACUAUUUCAAUGCAUUUGAUUCAGAUAUCGAAACUCCAGCUAAGUGUGAAGCUGGUAUUUAUGAUAUUAUUUAUGUUGAUAGUCAAGAUACAUUUAGUGGAAAUUCUGAUCAUGAGCAAAAGUCUGUUGUUGCUACAAUUAAAAAUAGUUCAAGAUUAGCAUCUAAAAUUCCAUAUGACCCUAUAAAUUACAAAUUUAAAUACAAUUUAUUUAAUAAAUUAAAUAAAAGCAGAAGAAUUAUUGUAGAGUUUGCACUUUCAGAAAUCACUCUUGCUCUUUCAUUUGUAAAGCGCUCAAAAUAUAGAUCAACUUCACAAAGAGAAAGAGACGAAUUUCCUUCAAAUUCUGGUGCAAAUAUAUGCACAAUAAACAUGGAAAUUGAAUCAUCAACAUCAGUUAAUACAAACAUAGGAGAUCAAUAUGCAUCUUCUAGUGAUGUUAUUAUUGCAAAUGAAAGAAAGAUCUUUUUUGGAUUAUCAAAUAACCAUUCCAACUGUCACAUUAAUGUGGCCUUACAGAUAUUGACAUUCUCACAUUGCUUCAUUAAACGACUUAAUAAAUUUAUUGAUAAUUUAUCUGAUAAAGAGAAGAAAACAGCUGCCUUUACAAUCCUAAAAGAACUCAAAAAUAUUAUGUAUCGAGACAUGAAGGCUCCCUAUCUUGUAGAUGAGUUUCUUAUAUUAAUUAAUGACAAUUCUGAAUAUAAUGAUCCACUCAACUUGUUCAUGAAAAUUGAUGAGAUGUUAGACGCUACAAUCCAUCGGAAAUUGUUUGAACCAUUUCUUGCUGCUAAAUUAGAGAGUUAUUCAAUUCAGUUUUUUAGGGGUUUGCAUUCGAUUGAUAGAAUGCCAAAGCUUCUAUUUGUAAAUGCAGAGCAUCAAUCAUUAGAUAUAGAAAAGAUAAAAUAUCUCGAAGGAUUUCCACACGAAUAUUAUCUAAACGGCAUUAUCAUUCAUACGGGAUAUCAUUUCAUAACACUUAUUUCAUUAAAUCCAUGCGAAGAAUAUGCUGAUUGGUUAUAUCUCAACGAUCAGAAGCAAACAUUGAUGAAAUAUACCGAAAUGAAAAAGUUCGUCACAACAUAUAAACCACAUUUCCAUUCUUCGAUAUAUACAUCAACACUUGCAUAUCUUGUUUAUAGAAGAAUAAGGGUUUGCUUUGAGUCGAUUAGUGAAGAACGCAAGAGCAUAAUUCAAAGUAAUCUCAUGAAAGAUGUUCCAGUGGAUCAAGAAAUUCCUUAA